AUGGGUCGUGGGUUGUCGAUGGCCGACAUAAUAAGCAAAAUUCAAAAUUCGGAAAAGGAAAAUGUUGUCUUCUCCUCCUCGGCCCUAGCUGCAAUUUUCAAACCAUAUCCUAACUCACUCCGAUCUUGUCGCCGCGCGUGGACGAGUACUACCACCCUUACUCGCCGUAUCUACCGAUCUGGAUUUUAUAUCCAUUUUUCCUCUGAGCAAAGACCAAUUGCAACUCGUGAGCUGUGUAUGAAUUUGCAAGAUGGUUCAUCUCUAGAUACCAUCAUAUACGCUGUCGUCCUAGUCGUUUGCCAUUUUUUCCUUCCCUGA